UAAGUAUAGAAAAAUCUAUAGCAGAAGAAUAAAAAAAAACUGAGUGUGAACCUUGGUAUUUCUUUUUGUGGUGAAUUAUUAUCUACAUUUAGAUAAGAAAAUUUUCCACACGAAAAGUUAAUUCUGAUUCUUGCUUUUUUCUGGUGGGAAGACAUCUGAAGAAUAUUUUGACUGUAAAUCAUUGAUUGAAGGAAAGUUAGAAUUGAAUGGAUAGAUAAUUAGAUUGAGUAAAAGUCAUGACAUACUGAAUGAUAUGUUUGCAAAGUGUUGUGAUUGUUGAAUAAUGAAAAUAAAAUAAAACUACCUCUCAAAAGGAAUUAGAAUACCAAAAGAAAACAUUAAGAGAACAACUUCAGACCAAAAGUUCAGGAUUGGGAAACAGUCCAUUUAGAAAGAGUGGUAGUUUAUGAAGAUAACUGUUUACGAAAGUUUGCCAAAGUGGAGUCCAAUUACGAAACGUUGAAAUUGCACACGCAAAUCGGUGUCGCCAGCUAUCAUGGCGCGAGGUUAUUUCCGCCGACGAGAUCUGACACACAGGUCACAAAAGGUGUUCCAGUCAUUGACUAUUUUGACUACGUGAACCCGGAUGAUGCAAAGAAUGAAGAAGAAGAAAAAAAAGAAGAAGCAAAUGAUGGUGAGAUGAGUUUAAGUAAGAGCUGGUACGAAGAGGUGGAGGAGUAUGAAGCAGAUCAUGAUGUGGGGGAGGAGCAGAUCGACAGAUCUGCCGAAGAGAAUGAGAUCUACAGGAUACCAAAAAUGGUGGGCAACAGUCAUGCUGGAGGGACUGAUAAUGCCAGGGAAGUUAACACAGUAGGGAAAACUGUAGUGAAAGGAAGGCAUAGGAAAGUGGAAAGAGGGAAAAAAACUGAUGGUAUCUAUGAUAUGGCUGGAAACAAAUGUGUAAAUGGCAUGGAUUCAAUUAAAGAUGUCACUGCAAAUCAAAGUGUUGAAAGAAGAAAAGAAUGUAGAGGGGCUACAGAAACUAAGGAUAACAAGAGUAAUUUAAGGAAUCAAAUAAAUACUACUUUUAAGGAUAAAACAGUAAUAAAGAAGAUGAGAGCUGAGAAAAAUACUGCUGAUUCUACUGGUAACACUAAAGCUGAACUGAGUAAAACUGCUGAAAAGAAUUUGGAUGUUAAAGAGGUUGUAGACAAAACUGCUGCUGAGGGAGGAAAGGUUAUACCAUGUUAUAAAGAGAGUGUCAAUACAAGACAUGUUAAUGAUGGUAUGAAAGACAACACCAAAGAUAGUUCUGAGGCUUCCAAAGACAGCAAUAAGUUGAGCAAAACAGACAUUCCUGAAGAUUCAGAUUUGGGUAAAGGUGAACAGAAAGAUAAAGAGGUUGAGGUAUGGACUUCCAUAGAGGAUAAAGAAGUGUCAGACACUGUUCAGUCACAAAUUGACACCAGGUUGCAUAGUAUGAACAAAUCUGACUACAGAACUGCACUGCAAGUGGACACUAGUUAUACCACUGGCAUCAGUAGUGAUUCAAACUGUAGCCAAUAUAGCAUAAGUUCAUGGGCUAGUGAACAAGACACAAGUAGUAGUCUUGACCCAAGUCCAAAUAUGUGGAACUCGUUUGUUGACUCUGGAGUUAGCUUUGGGACAAGCACUGGAUUGUAUAGCGAUACAAGUGAUGUCAGUGGGGAAGACUGUAGUGCUUAUGAUGGUAGUAAACAUUUACCUCCUGUACAAUUCCAUUCCGAAUAUGAGGGAAAGGGUUUUCAGAUACAUUCACGAUAUCCUCAUCCAAAUAAAUUAUGCUAUACUUCUGCAUAUAAUGCGUAUAACAAUUCUGUAACCAAUAAUAAUUCUGUUUUGAAUGGUGCAAUACAAAAUGAAAAUGGUGCAUUUCAAAGUAUGACUGUAUAUGGCGGUGAUUCCACUGGUAUUUCCAUACUUAACUAUGAAACUAAUCCCGGGGAAUAUUGUGGUCACAUGACUUCAGAUAGGGAUUUUACGUGUGAAUAUUGCGGAUACUGCACAUGUUCAGACUAUGAGCAGUUCUCUCAUGAGAACCUAUUCCCUGGUGAUGUGUUCUAUUACUCGGCCAACUCGAUUGUGGUCUGUGUGAAGCAGACGAGACAAGGAUAUGAGAAGGACUACACACUCCAACAGGUCACCCCAAAGCUGCAGGGCCUGAAUCCGAAUGCGACAGUGUUUAGUCUGCAGAAGUCGUCUACCCCAACGGCCCCCGGACACCUGUCAGACAGACAGCCUGCUGACAAUGAGCAAGGGGACGGCCACAAUGACAGUGGGAUUGGCAUUGGGAACUCAGCAGAAAGUGUGUCAGACUACUCCUUCGCCAACGGGGAUAUGAGCCUUGACAAGUCAGGCAACACAGUCUUCUCCCCUGAUGUUGCUGAAUCGCCCUUCCAAGCAGAGUUCUCUCCAUUCACAGACAAUCAAGCAUUUACAGACAAUGCUAGCCUUGCCAUGAAGCUGGAUGAGCUUGGUCCAGCUCUUGUAGAGGGGCCUGGGGAAGGACCUCUGGUGGAAGGAGUGGGAGACAGCUCUAGUGUCCCCAUGCAGGGUGUACAGUACACUGCAGAGAAUGGUAGUAUAACAGAUGGAGAAGCCCAUGAUGGGGGCAUUCCGGAGGACCAGGUUCGAAUGGUCCUCAAAAACCAGCUCGAGUCACUCUUCUCCAGGGAGAAUCUCUCAAACGACUCCUAUCUACAGUCACAGAUGGAUGCAGACCAAUAUGUUCCCAUAGCAACUGUUGCUAGCCUAGACCAGGUGCAGAAACUCUCUAACGACCUACAACUUAUUGUAGAGAUCUUACGCGGUUCUACGUUUGUCCAGGUAGAUGAUAAAGGGGAGAAGGUUCGCCCUAACCACAACCGCUGUAUUGUCAUACUGAGGGAAAUACCAGAGUCUACACCCAUUGAGGAUGUGCAGAAUCUGUUUUCGGGUGAGAACUGCCCAAGGUUUGUGAGUUGCGAGUUUGCGCACAACAGUAACUGGUAUGUGACGUUUGACUCGGACGCAGAUGCUCAACGGGCCUAUCAGUUCCUGAGAGAGGAGGUGCAGACAUUCCUCGGAAAACCAAUCAUGGCGCGUAUCAAGGCUAAGCCAUUGAUUCGGACGUACCGUCCUCAGAAUGGGUACAUCAACAAGCGGUUCCAGCCCCAGCCAGUGGUGUCACCCCUCCCUACAGAGCAGCAGGUGACAUCCUCUGCCACCAGUCCUCAGUUUACAACCACGCCACCCUUCACUCUCAUGCCAAAUGUUUCACAAUAUCUCAAUGGUCAGCAGGCAAUGCCAUUCUACCCUCCUCCCCCCAAUAUUCUACAGAACUGGCCUAGUCCAACUAUGCUUGACCCGAGUAUGGUGCUGGCGAUGAAUGGUUACCAAGCAACCGGCGUGAAGAUGAAUAACCAAGUGCCCAACAGAAACCUCUAUCACUCAAACACUGUUAGCAACAACAACACGAGCAGCAGUAGCAGCAACAACAACAGGGGUAGCAACAGAAAUCAAAAGUCUUCAAGUGGGAACCAGUCCAUGGGUCGUGAGAGGAUCAACUCGAAUGACUCGCUCCCGCCCCGUCUUCAACACCAACAUGAGCGACAGCAGAAUGCUGCCAACAACAACAGUGCUCACUCGCAUGGUCCACCGCAAGGCCACAUCCACAGUGGCAUGCCCCACAAUCAACACAACCAACACAACCAACCUGGCGGCGGGCAUGGUAACCAUGGCAAUCAUCCAAACCAUGGCAACCACCUGCCACCUCCGCACCCACACCACCACAAAAACCUACACUCGAUCUCAAACCAUGGUCCCCCGUCUUUUGGGGGUCGCAGGGGAGAAGGCGGUCAUCCACAUCAUGGGGGGCCUUCACAUUCGCAUGGUAACCAUAGUAACAGCCAUAUGCACAACGCUGCUGGACCUCAUUCAGGUGGAAUGAUGUCUCAUCACCAACACCACCAGCAGUCCAGUCCCCAUCAUCAGCAGCAGCAACAACAGCAUUUAGACAGCAACAACAACACCAGUAGUAGUGUUGCUGGAGGUCCCAGGAAUGGCCGGCUGCAGUCUGACCUGAGAAAUAAUGAUGGAUAUGCGGGUAAGAGUUAUCGAAGGCGAAAAAGGGAGGAUGAUGGUGCUAGACCAAAUCGGUCAAAUUCCUCCCAGACGUCGACAAAGGAAGGAGGUCCCCCAGCUUUCUCUAGUCGGAGCCUGCCUCCGAACAAGUUUGACUAUGAACCAACCAGUUUCCCGCCCCUGCCUGGGGCUGAGAGCAACACUGCCUCAGAGGAAGUGUUUGAGAGCAAGUUGUCCGAUGUUGUCAAGGGCACUGCCAAAACACAGGUGAAGGAGAUGCCCAAAUCAUCGAGUCCUGUUUUGCCCAGUGGCCCCAAUACUGCCCUAACGUCUUCAACCAACACAAAACCAGUUAACGCUUCUAAGGAAAGCAGUUUUACACAGUCUGUCGCCAGUUUGCAAAGUGCUCCUUCGCAGUCUGCAAUUUCAGUAGCAUCAUCAGCAGCGGUGACAAUGUCAUCAAGGGUAACAGCUACAACUGAUCCUUCAGUUGCUCAACCAGCAUCUGUCUCACAAACCAGGUCAUCUAAGUCAAUACCUCCCGUACAGUCAGUGGCAGAGUGCAAAACCAGUCAGGAAAGACCUCUCUCUCACUCUAACUCUAUUGAUAAGGACAUGUCCAGCAACUCUGUCAAACUCUCCUAUGCUCAAAUGGUGCAAAAAGCAAAAGCCGCUGAAGUCUCUGCAAACUCACUUGCUGACGAUGACUCUGAAGCCGAGGAUACGGUGGAAUCGUCGUCACUUCCUGCGUCGAGCCGGGCGCUUAAAGAGCAGGGUCAAACUCCAGUUCAGGCUAACACCCUUGUGAAAAACAGUCAAAGUUCAGGCAAGGAGUUUGCAAGAAAAGACUCAAAUGGGUGUGACCCAGAUUCUAGGCGUGAUCAUGACUUAAAGAAAGAGAAUUAUCACCAAGACGACCCCAAGGAACAGAGAGCUAAUCGGAGAUUGAAAGAAAAUCGGGAACGUAGAUAUGAGAAUCGAGAUAGUGGGCGUCGCUUUGACAGAAGGGAUGCUCCACCCCCUCGAGAGAGAGAUGGGCUCAAGACUGCUAUUGCUAAGUGAUCGGCAGUGGUUGGAGCUAUUGUCUACUUUCUCGAAUGAUUGACAAGUGGUCAUUGAUCGUUUGAAAGUUAUCUGAAAUAUGGACUGUUGUGGAUUAUCAAUUUGCUGCAAAAAUAAGCCGCAUAGGUGAUAUUGUUGGCUGUUAAGACUCAAUGCAUUUCUUUUGUUGGUAUUGGCUUAUUUGAAUGAGAUGGAUUUGUGAGGUAGAUUUGGAUGUUGUGGAAUGCUGUAUGAUAUCAGAUAUGAAGUUAACACAGUCAUGGGAAUAAUGAGGAAAUGUACAGUUGGUGUCAUUAUUGAGGUGUUGGUUCUUUGUGCAAACAUUUUCUUUAAUCUUUUAAGAUUGGAAGGCUGUUUUGUUUGCAAUUAAAUUGCAUUUUAUUCUAUUUUCUUACUAUCAGUGUUAAUAUUGUAAACAGAUGACUUUUACUGAAUAUUUUUUUCUUUUCUUUUCUUGGUGUUGUUUAAAACUUAUAUUAUAUCAAAAUAUUUUCUCCAGUGCUUUUGGUAAUGUUGAUCAGUAUUGGCUGCCAUUUAUUGUUGAAUGUUAUGUAUUGUUAAAUCUUGUGAUGAUAAAAUGGCCUUUUACACAGAAAGAGAUAUCCCAUUACUUCUCCGGCUAGAAUGUUGAUUAGCAGACAUCUCUUGCCAAUUCCAUUUUAAAACAGAUAUGUUUCAAUUAUUUGUGGAUUUUUAAAGUACAAAAUACACUUGUUUAGUUGCUUUAAAUUAAGAUGAUGUAAGAUUUUAGCAAGUUCUGUCAUUUACAUCAGAAGAUGUGGAGCUCUUUGAGUUGUUAAUUCGAGUUGUUGCACAGAUAUGCCAUAAUGGUCUCUAGUAUUCAAGAAAGUCACGCAGAAGUUAUGGCUCACAGAUUGGGGGAAAAAUGUGUAAUAAAAACCCACUUUGUAACAUCAUGUGAAUAAAAUGAAAACUUGGAUUUACAAUCAAAAUCCUGGCAAGAAAAUUUGAAAUCCAUAAACCUAACAUAUUUUCAUUUUGAUAUGUUGGUUAAGAUGGUAGCUUUGGAGAAAUAUGAAAAACCUAUUUAUUAUUUAAUUUUAAAAGAUUAAAAAACUGGCUACAUUAUUUUCUAGUGUUUUUCAAAAGAUCCUUCUAUAUACGUAAUUUUUUGUCCAACUUGUGAGUCAAUUUCUUUAAUAUUAUUCUUGCCUUGGUAAAUAUCAAUAAUCAAUGACUGAUAUUUAUAAAUGCUGAAUGAAGAUGUAUACUGUGAUGUUUCAUUAAUGUAUAUGUUCAUGUGUCGGAAUUAUUUUUUUCUCCUACUUUAUUUUGACUAUUCAAGAAUACUUUCAUUAUCUUGCUCAUUUUUAUUAUGUUAAAACCAUAAGCAUUGUUCUAAGUAUCUUUUUCUAUACAAGCACUUCAUCUUGUUAGUUUUUUUUUUUUUCAUUCUUAAUGGCACAUAUGCAACUGUUAUUCAAUCACAUGUUAGUUCAAACACUAGGUAUAAAAGUUUGGCAAAACCUCUGAGAUACUUUCUACUUGGUCAUUUGGUGUGAGUGACUAUUUCAAAUUCUGCAAUUUUCAAUGCACAAAGUCUUUCAAUAGUAAUGCAGUUCGAAAUAUGGUUUAAAACUGAAGUGAUAAUAUUUUGUGAAUUGAUGUCACAUUACCUUGGUACAAGAAAUGAGAGCUGGUUUUCCCUCGAUAGAUGUUGGCAGUUUUUGAUAUCGUUCAAGGGUCGAGCAUGGUUUUUCCUAGAGCGAUGUUGGAAAUUUUUGAUAUCGUUAAUGGUUUGAUAAUGGUUUUCCCUCGAGCGAUGUUGACAGCUUUUGAUACCGGUUUAUGGGUUGAGCAUGGUUUUCUUUGUUCUGAUGUUGGCAGCUUUUGAUAUUGGUUCAACAGAUCUAGACUGGUUUUCCCUCAACCAACAUUGGCAGCUAUUGAUAUCGGUUCAAGAGUCUAGGCUGGUUUUCCCUCUACCGACAUUGACAGCUUUUGAUAUCGGUUCAAGAGUCUCGGCUGGUUUUCACUCUACCGAUAUUGGCAGCUAUUGAUAUCGGUUCAAGAGUCCAGGCUGGUUUUCCCUCAACCGACAUUGGCAGCUAUUGAUAUCGGUUCAAGAGUCUAGGCUGGUUUUCCCUCUACCGACAUUGACAGCUUUUGAUAUCGGUUUAAAGGAUCUAAAGUUGGUUUGUCCUCUAUAGAUGUUGGCAGCUUUUUGAUAUUCAUAUCAAUUAGUUCGGUGUGCGUUUCUGAUAUCUAGUUAUCUAGUAGAGCACUAGAACCAUUAUUAUGCCAUACUCUACAUGACAUGGUGUAGUUCAAACAUAAUAAAUGUGAUCAUCAUUCAAUCAUAACAUUAAACUGAUUUACAUUUAUGUUUGACAUGCUAUAAUUAUUGAAGAGAUUGUGUCCAUAUAAAAAAAUGAACAUAGUACCAAAAACAAAAUAUAUAUCCAGAACUCAUAGGUGCAGGUUAUCCCAUAUUGAGCACAUACCAUGUGAUUCACGCAAGCAGUUUUACUAUAUACUUAAUGUUUCUUCAACCCUGCAUAAAGAGUUUGAUGUUUCUGGAAAUACAAUUUCUUUCUGACUACACAAUAUCACAAGAACAGGGUUUAAAUAUUGCAUGCUGUAAAUGGGUGGAGUUAAUUAAUUGGUUGGGAUGUUUGUCCUGCUUGGCAAUGUAGAACUCCAGUAGACACACAAUGAUUGGGAAUUGUUGAUGUGGUAUAUUAUCAUCUUGAUAAACAUAAGGUCUGCCAGUCUGAGAUAGGCUUAGUAUCAAUCACACAAAUGACUGGGUUUUGUUACAUGGGUAAUAGACUUUAACUUUAUAAACCAUUGGUUAUCAAUCUUGCUUUUGAAUUUAAAAUAUACAUACUAUUGAUGAUAAAACAAAAAGUGCCAGAUUUUGUUUGUGAAUGAAUGUGGUGUCUAAUUAAUUAAACUAAUAUUCACUUUCUUGCUAUAAUGGUUUCUGUUAAUUGUUCAUACUCAAAGUGAUCGUAAGAAUGUUGAAUAUUUUGCUAUGUGUAUAUUUAGAAAGUUGUAGAUUUUGUUCGUGAAUUUUUCAAUCAAUUUUCUGUUAUGGACUGUUCAUGUAUAAAAUCUUUACCAAUGUAUUAAUGUUUCACUUGUUUGCACUUUUGUUAGUGUGUGAGUGUGGUGUUAGUCAUACAAACUUUAUAUGUAUUUUUGCUUCAUUGUCUGUUCAGUUUUUCCUAUAAUGAAUACACCCUUUAAUCAUGUGAAUUACUGUCCACUAUGGGACACAUAUUUUAAUAUUAUUUGUUUAUAUAAAUUGAUCACAUUAUUUUUUCAAAGAAGAUAUUUUGGAAAUCAGAUAAGUACAUGUUAUCUGUAAAAGAAAGUGUAUUGUAUUUCUUUUAUGCCAUCUAAGAACAUUAAAAAUUAAAAUGUCACAUUAAAGAUAUUGAUUUACGAAGUUGAUUGUUAUUACGAUUUGAAUGAUUCAAGUAUUCAGCCAUGAAUAUAGGUUGUGAUUGGUUUAGAUUGAAAACCUGGGCUGAAAGUUUCCCCCUGGCCGAGUUUCCCCCUCACCGACACCUAAAUAAUGGCUCUUUAAUGGCAACUAUACUGUGUCUCUGACAGAACAGCAGUAUUGAAUGAUGGAGUGUGAGACAGAAAACCUCACUAGGCAACUAUACUGUGUCUCUGACCAAACAGCAGUAUUGAAUGAUGGAGUGUGAGACAGAAAACCUCACUAGGCAACUAUACUGUGUCUCUGACAGAACAGCAGUAUUGAAUGAUGGAGUGUGAGACAGAAAACCUCACUAGGCAACUAUACUGUGUCUCUGACCAAACAGCAGUAUUGAAUGAUGGAGUGUGAGACAGAAAACCUCACUAGGCAACUAUACUGUGUCUCUGACCAAACAGCAGUAUUGAAUGAUGGAGUGUGAGACAGAAAACCUCACUAGGCAACUACAUGCUGAGAUCAUGAUGUAAUAGUCUUUACGAUGCAGUUUGAAAAGUACAUUGUGUCAAAUACACAUCAAACAAGUACCAAAAGUAUAUAUGUAUUUAUCAAAUACUAAAUUAAUAUUCACAAUUACUGUCAACAACUUCAUUUUUUGGAUUUCUUUAGGAAUAAGAGAAAUUACAUUGACAUUUUCAAGGUUACCAGAACAAUAUAUGUGUUCAUGUUGACAUUGUCAAGGUUACCAGAACAAUAUAUAUAUGUUCAUGUUGACAUUGUCAAGGUUACCAGAACAAUACAUAUGUGUUCAGGUUGACAUUGUCAAGGUUACCAGAACAAUACAUAUGUGUUCAUGUUGACAUUGUCAAGGUUACCAGAACAACAAAUACACAUUUAUGUUGACAUUGUUUAUGGUACCAGAACAAUAGUUUGAGCAUUACAGUUUACUUUUACCAUUAGUUUCAUAAAAUUGUAUUUGGAUGGGUUGGUCAUGAUGUAGUUCAGUAUAAAAAUUGGACAUUCAUGUAUAAAAAUUGGACAUACAUGUAAAAAAAAAUUGGACAUACAUGUAUAAAAAUUGGACAUACAUGUAAAAAAAAAUGGACAUACAUGUAUAAAAAUUGGACAUACAUGUAAAAAAAUUGGACAUACAUGUAUAAAAAUUGGACAUACAUGUAAAAAGUUGCGGUUUUCAUACAAGAUAAGUUUCAGUCACUCUCAUGUGUUCUCAAUAUAAUCACUAUCAGUAUUUAUAAUAAAGGCUUUUGAUAUAUGAAUGAAAUAAAGCAGAAUCUAAAAGUGUUUUAAAUGAAAUGGUUUUUUGUAGAAUCAUGUACAUGUAAUAAAACCCCAAAUCAUACUAUGAAGACAGAAAACAGCGGUAAAGGUAAACUAACUGGUAACAAAUAGUUGAUCAAACUGACUUAAUAAAAGGAAGCGUUUUAUUGAAUCCUUUUUUGUUCUCUACAAAGUGAAACUCAUAAAAUUGAAACUAGAAUGCCACAUGAUUAAGAAGUGAUUAUCCAAAAUUAUUUGAUUCAAGAGGGUUAAGCAUAGAUUAAAGGGAUAUAAUAUUUUUAGCUCGACUCGGAUAAGGAGAGCUUUACUACUCACCCAAAGGUCGCGUCACACCUUGGUUAAGGUUUUCCAUGUAAGCACCUUUAGGUUAUUAUCUCAGCAAAUGCAUCAUGUAUUGCAUUGAAACUUAAGAUAUGUAUUCCCAACUAUUCAACCUACUUCAUUAAUUAAGAUAACACUCAAAUGAAUAUAAUUGAAUAUAAUGCAAAUUAUGGGCCUUUAUUAUUUGACUUAGAAAUUCUGGUAAAGGUUUUGCAUGUAAGCACAAAUAGGUUAAUAUCUCACCAACUACUUGAUGUAUUGCAUUGAGACUUUAUACAAUGGUACUCAACCAUCCUACCUUCUUAAAUAAUUAAGUAAGAUAACUCUGUUUAGCAUUAAGUGCAAAUAAUGGUCCUAUAUUAUUUGACUUUAAAUUUCUGGUUAAGUUUACCACAUUAAAGUCAAUAUCUCAAUUAAUACACCAUGUGUUGCAUUGAAACUUUAGACAAGUGUUCCCAACUAUCCAACUUACUUAAUAAACAAGUUAGAUAACUCUGUCUUGAAUAUAAUGCAAAUAAUUGCCCUUUGUUAUUCAACAUAGAAAUUCUGAUCAAGGUUUUGCAUGUAAGCACACAUAGGUUAAUAUCUCAGCAACUACUUGAUGUAUUGCAUUGAGACCACCCAACCUUCUUGAAAAACCAAGAUAAAUAACUGUUUUGCAAAUGAUGGCCCUUAAUUAUUCGACUUAGAAAUUCUGGUUAAGGUUUUGCAUGUAACCACACUUGAUUCAAUAUCUCAGCAAAUAAAUCAUGUAUUGCAUUGGAACUUUAUACAUGUGCUCCCAACCAUUCAACUGUCUUAAUUAAUCAAGCAAGAUAACUCUAUCUUGCAUAUAAUAUAAAUUUUGCCCCUUUAUUAUUCGACUUAGCAAUUAUAGUUAAGGUUUUGCAUGUAAGCACGUGUAAGUCAAUAACUCAGCAUUUACUUGAUGUAUUGUAUUGAAACUUUAAACAAUCAAGUAUGAUCACUCUUGCAUAUAAUACAAAUUUUUCCCUUCAUUAUUUGACUUAGAAGUUCUGAAUAAGGUUUUGCAAUUAAUCUUAUUUUACAUUGAUCCAUGCAUGUUUCACUAAAACUUUGUAAUACCUAUCUUAAAAGCAGCCAAAUAGUCGAGCGCGCUGUCUCUUUGCCAGCUCUUGUUCAUUUGCUAGGUUUGCUUUGUACUAAGUGCAAUAAUUUAUUAAAAUGUGCUUUAUAAAAUUGCUCGAUCAUAAUAUGGAGUAAGAGUUUUAUUUCUAAUCAUUGUCUUGUGGAUGAUAUAUUUCUGUAAUGCUUAUUAACAUUGACAUGUGUUAACAUUAGUAUUAACAUAUGUACUGCUUACUGACAUUGACAUGUGUUAAAAUUAUUAUUAACAUAUGAAAAAAAGACGCAAAAACAAAUAUGGAAAAAUAUAAACUAUCUGGACAUGGCAUUUCUGUAUGACUGUGUGAGUGCUUUUGUUUUAUAUAAUCUGUGUUACAUGAAUCAUUGUUUAUAAUGUGGAAAUGGGUAUGUCGUACUUUAAAUGUUCAUACUAUUUAUGAAAAUUUAUGUUCUCUUUUCAUUAAAAAGUUGCCAUUUCCUUACAGUGCAGUGAUUGACACUGAUAAUUAUAUGUUUGUAAGAGAAAAUAUGUUUCUAAGAGAAAGUGAUCCUUUGAUCUCGAUAGUUUGCUUACAUGACCUGAUAUUUGCUAAAAAUUAAGAAAGAGGUACUUUAUGUUAUGAUGGCAAUGGCAUUUAAAAAAAACCCAGCAAUUCAGCAGAAAACAAUCAUUUUGACACCAGGUAUUUGAAAGCAUAUUUAUGGGUUUGACAGACUUCAUAUUUUAUAUAUACAUGUACCAAUUCAUAUGCUUACAUACAUUUAAACCUUAAUUUUCUCUCUGAUAUUCAGAAUGUUAAAAAAAAUCAAACUUUUUGGAAGUUGUAAAGGAAACGGUUUAUUUAUCUCGACUUUAUUGUCAUAAUUGUUAUAUACUUAUUUUAUGAAGGAACUUGUCCGAGAUUGUAUUCAAUAUAAAUGAUUUACUAUUCUGUUUGCCUUUACACUUAAUUAUAUCAGAUGCUACUGUUUGCCAUUAAGUUAUAUUUAAUUGUUAGCGUUUUGUUUUGAGAGUGGGUAAUCUACUACCAUUUUCCAGUGCAUUUAGUAACCUGUAUGUUGAACUAUGUUUGGAGGGAUUCAAUACCAGUCUUGAGAAUAACAUACUAUGUUUGGAGGGAUUCAAUACCAGUCUUGAGACUAGCAUACUAUGUUUGGAGGGAUUCAAUACCAGUCUUGAGACUAGCAUACUAUGUUUGGAGGGAUUCAAUACCAGUCUUGAGACUAGCAUACUAUGUUUGGAGGGAUUCAAUACCAGUCUUGAGACUAGUAUACUAUGUUUGGAGGGAUUCAAUACCAGUCUUGAGACUAGUAUACUAUGUUUGGAGGGAUUCAAUACCAGUCUUGAGACUAGUAUACUAUGUUUGGAGGGAUUCAAUACCAGUCUUGAGGCUAGUAUACUAUGUUUGGAGGGAUUCAAUACCAGUCUUGAGGCUAGUAUACUAUGUUUGGAGGGAUUCAAUACCAGUCUUGAGGCUAGUAUACUAUGUUUGGAGGGAUUCAAUACCAGUCUUGAGGCUAACAUACUAUGUUUGGAGGGAAUCAAUACCAGUCUUGAGACUAGUAUACUAUGUUUGGAGGGAAUCAAUACCAGUCUUGAGACUAGUAUACUAUGUUUGGAGGGAAUCAAUACCAGUCUUGAGACUAGUAUACUAUGUUUGGAGGGAAUCAAUACCAGUCUUGAGACUAGUAUACUAUGUUUGGAGGGAUUCAAUACCAGUCUUGAGGCUAACAUACUAUGUUUGGAGGGAUUCAAUACCAGUCUUGAGGCUAACAUACUAUGUUUGGAGGGAAUCAAUACCAGUCUUGAGGCUAACAUACUAUGUUUGGAGGGAUUCAAUACCAGUCUUGAGGCUAACAUACUAUGUUUGGAGGGAUUCAAUACCAGUCUUGAGGCUAACAUACUAUGUUUGGAGGGAAUCAAUACCAGUCUUGAGGCUAACAUACUUUGUUUGGAGGGAAUCAAUACCAGUCUUGAGGCUAACAUACUAUGUUUGGAGGGAUUCAAUACCAGUCUUGAGGCUAACAUACUAUGUUUGGAGGGAUUCAAUACCAGUCUUGAGGCUAACAUACUUUGUUUGGAGGGAUUCAAUACCAGUCUUGAGGCUAACAUACUAUGUUUGGAGGGAUUCAAUACCAGUCUUGAGGCUAACAUACUUUGUUUGGAGGGAUUCAAUACCAGUCUUGAGGCUAACAUACUAUAUUUGGAAGGAUUAUUCAAUACCAGUCUUGAAACUAACAUUUUUUUUCUGAGAUGCCUCUUUUUUCUAAUUUCUGUUACAAUUUCAAAUAUUUAAAUAUUUCUAAUUCUGUUUUUAAGCAUGACUUAAACUGAUAUUAUAGUAUUUUUUUAAUAAUUGGCUUGAACAUUUUAACAACUCAUAAUUCUGAAAAUACUAUGGAUAUUACUGAUAUAAGACAAUAGUUGUACAGUAGUGGUAUUUGUUGAUUGUCUGUUCAAUGUAGAAUAUAGACUUAACAGUUAAGGCACCUUUCCUUUGUUAAGCAGUUGAAAUUUAGUUUCACUUAUUGUUGUUUCGAAUUAUUCUUUUAUUUUUGUUUAAUUGUAUAUACUGUAUGUGUUUAUAGACAGCAGACCAGAGAGGCUGAAAAAAAAUUCAUAAUGUUUUUGGGGAAACUGGGUGUAAUUUAUCAUUAAAACUGGCUAAACUAGGAUACUAAUAAUAUAAGAACAUUUAGGUCAAUAUAAAAUGAUGUUUUUUGUGCAGAUAUUACAAAAAAAGAAAAACAACAGAUGUUGUUUGCUUUUGAUAUUUUCCAUAAACAGCCUUGAACAGCCAGAAUUAUUCAGUAAUUAGAACGAAUAUUAUUAUUUUUUAAAUCAAGCUGUAUUAACGAUAUUGCAUUCAGUUUAUUGUGACAGGAUAAAUCAUUGUUUAACUGGUUGUUUUUACAAUUCUUUGUUUAGGGGUUCUACAGUUCAGGAUUAACUUCAGACUAUUGUACAAUUGUAAAUUUGUUGUACAAUUGUAAAUUUGUUUUUGGAUUGGACAAUUGCAUCAAAAACAGGAAGUAACUUGAAAUGAAUAUGCAUGUAAAUGACUAUGGAAGCAAUUUCAAAAGGGUUUUAAGCCCCUUUACGCUUUUGACAUGAAUCCCUCAUACAUGAAAAUACCCCCUGCUAUUUUCCAAGAUGUUGUUAGAACCCCUUUUUGUUCUAUUAUAAUAAGAAACUUUCAUUGCCAUGGUGUCAAGUUGUUGUUCUUUCUUCUUACUAGAGAUAAUUUAUUAUAAUUAUGUGACUGAUUAUGACAAUAAAAUCCCAUCUUCAUU